CUCUCUUCUGUGCUUUGAGAAGAUCGAUCAGUGGCGGCGUAUCGUCUAAAAGAAGAAGAUCCCUCUUCCCUUCGAACGCGAUCUCCGGGAAAGAAUAAGACGAACCACGAGCCAUGAAGACCAUAAGGGCAAGUACUUUCAGAUAACGAACAAAGACUUUUGACCGGUCUUUUAAAUCGUCUUCUUCCCGUUGAAACUGUCACGACACUCCGACAUCAUUCGUCCCUGGAUGGAUCUUUUUGAUUCUGCCAAGAGCCCAAUAGAGCGGUGCAGCAGUUUCGACGAAACAUCGAUGGACAGCUGCCCGUUGGUGACGGUAACGGAAGAUAGGGUAAACGAUUUUUCAGAGGAAGUGGUAAAGGACGGAAAUGAUGUGGAAGUGACAUCAUUGGAGGAAGCGAAAACAGUGAUAGCAGCGCUUAGAGCGAAACAGAGGGCACAGGCACAUCAAAUGCUAGCUUGGCGGAGGACGCUUAAAUUGCAGGAGGAACUCGUGGCGAGGCUGACGAGAGAGAAGGCCGAACAAUUAUGCACGUUGUCUUCCCAAUUAUUUCUCUUCGAAUCGCGACUUUGUCGAAAACAGAAGGAAAUCGAGGCAAGCCUGGUGCAACGGGAAUCGAUUAUUCUCAGGCAACAAAGAGUGAUACGGCAAUUGCAAAGCAGAUUGGCGGAAAGGAGUGGUACAGGUACGAGAGACUCUCCGCCAUGCGACGCUCUCGACAGACUGGACAGCCUCGGAGACAGCGAUAGCGCCGUCGUACUCGAGGAGGCCGCGGACGACCCUGCACCGCCGAGAUUUCGUUCGAACAUCACGGACGUAACAGUUAUACGAUCGGUAUCGGAUGCGGUCGAGCCAUCGAGCAAAUAUUCAUCGAUGCGAAGAUGCAACGGUUUUCUACGUAGACCGGAGAUCUUGGAAACCGUGUAUUCGGUAGAAGAGGAUGGCGACAGUGAAAGCAACCAGGAACCAUCCGAAUCUACGGAAAAUUACGAGUGCGAUGAGAGGCGGACGAAGAACUUGGGAAAUGGGAAGGGCAGACUGCAGGAGCUUUACGGUAGCUUCGAGAGACUAGCGCAGGAAGCUGAUUCUUUGGAAAGUGAAAGACCGAGAGGAGACGAGAGCCAACAAGCGCAGGUGACGUACAAUAGAGUAAUGAGUAAUCACAGGUCGGUGACAAAGCCAAAAGACGUAAAAUAUAAAAGGAUAAAUAAGGCAAAAUCGAAAAGUUUGGAGGAGCUCAGAGGAAGACUGAGAAAUUGGGUAGAAAAAGGAAAUAAAAUAGCUAUAUCGUUAGAUCAAUCCUACGCUUGAACUUGUUCCAUGAAAGUAUUUAAAUUAUUUUUGCGAAGAUUUAUAAAUUAUUAUCACCGUCGUGGAUGAGAUACCGUCGAUAGCUCGUUCGGUCCUACGAAAUCUAUGGUAAUUUUUUCCUUCUUAGGCAGCAGCGCGCUAAAGUGCAUUCAAUCGAAAUUUCAUCCUUCCAUGUGAUAUUUACUCUAGUAUGAUGAUAUCGUGCAUGGGUAUGCCGAUAAAAUUGACGAAUUGGGGAGGGAGAGGGUGUGUGUGUGUGUGUGUCUCUGUGUGUGUGGGUGUGCGUGUGCGAAGGACCGCUUUAAAGACAUAUGUGAUAUGAAUAGACAUGACCGUCGCGUUGGGAGUGUCUUAUAUUAUUAUAUGCGAAACUCUAUUAUUUAACUAAUGAAAGUUCGACUCUCGACAAAAGAACGAUCGUUCUGAUAUAUACAAUUUCUAACGACUAAAUUCCCCCUCUCCUGUCUUCCUAAACACCGUUCUUGCAAUAAGUUCAGGCGCAUUAAUAUGCGCCAUUGCAUGUUUUUUCGUUGCCGAUUUUAUAUCUUGUCACAAUAACAAAUCGAUUUGAGCUUAUUUAUCUAAAAAAUUUAUUAAACUACUUUCGAAUGAAAAUAUUAUUUCGAUAUGUAAAACAACUUCUCGUUCUCUUUACUACUUUGCCUACUAAUGAGUCGCAUUUAAAUACGAUUUGUUCCAAGGCAUUAAGUAUAAUAUUGCAAGGCGUUAUGUAUCAUCAUAAAUCGUAAAUCGAACAUCUUUGUCAAUUAAAAAUAUUACUGUGCAAUCAAUUAAACGAAAAAAAUGUUUAAUCGAAGGGCCUUUAAUUUUUUAAAAGAGGCUUACUUUUAAGAUGAGCGAUAUGCCUCUUUGUUAUUAUCUCAUCCUAUAAAAUUAGUACUGGUAACUAUAACGUUAACUUUAUAUACAUAUUAUAAAAAUGAACGAGUGUACUAUAUCUGUAAUACGAAAGUAAUUCCUACCGACUCUAAGAAUUCGCACUUUUUCAUUAAAUAUCGUUAAACUAAUCGUACAUGCCAGAUACAUAAUGUUACGUCUUUCCACUUACGUUUCGAAAUAUCAAAUUCAAAAUCUAUCUUUGAUACGAUUAAUUUCCUAUCACUACUAUCGAUAUGUACGUCUUUUGCGAAUUUUAUUCUCUUCGUUAAUAAUAAGUAGUCUUACCAAUCUGUAAAAUUUACACCCAUGAUUCGGUAACAUUGCGUAUAAUUUACAAACUACUUCUGCUUAAUUUGAACGAUUACACACUUAGUAAUUUCAUCACUUUGUGACAUGUAUUCUGCAAUUCUUUAAAUGCAUUAUUCAAGCCUGUAUUUGCUUGGCUGUUCCAGUAUUUUGAAAUUUUAUAAAAAUGCUAUGUCGUUUCUAUCUGGAUGACUAAUAUAAAAGUUGCUUUAGACUUUUUCUCAAUUACCCGAUAUGUAAAUAUAUUUGUAUGAUUAUGUCAGGCUUCUAACUCUUGAAUCUUUUCUAUUUCCUCAUAAUAUAACCGAACAAGAUCAAUCGAUUUUACGUCGUUUUAACAAAACUUAAAUAUGAUGCGUCAAAUUUAUCAAGAUAUUUCGUUUACAUUCUCAUACUUUACACAUGUGUUUUUUCAAGAUAUGGGUACAAAAGAGCUUCCGACAAUCUGCACUUUAAAGAAAAUACACGAUAUCUCGCUGUUCGCUUGUACAUAAUUAUGAACGUAUUAUUAAUUUAACAUAUUAAUAUCACCUUCGAUGUUAUGUAUAUAAGUAUAUUCUUCAAUUCUUUAAUAAUAUAAAUUUGAGUUUUAUGUUCCUGUUGGCUAACUACUGGCCAUUCAAAAGUAUAAUCGCGCUCGCACAGCUGUAUCGUUAUUAUCGAUGUUAUUAAAGUUAUUAAAUUAC